AUGUCUGCUAAUUGCGGCGGAGAGAGCCCUGAACCGGGCAGCGCUAGCAGCUAUGUUGACUUGCUGAACAGCCUGCAACUGCGCGCACAUACGCUGCUCAAUGAACUCAUAUCCUACCAAGCACGCCUUCGAUCGAGAAACAAAAUACAAGAAGUUGAGAUGAGAGUCUUCAAACGAGGGGUCGAGUCGGAGGUCAAGAGUUUGGACAAGAUGAGACAGAAUCUCGUGUCUCUUAGUGGACACGAGCACAAUCAAUCGAACGCCGCAGAAGACGAAGAAACCAGAUACCUCCAUGGUCUGAGAAGUUCAAACCUACCUUUUUACGAAGCAGUCUGGGCCGUUGCAAUGUCGAGCCAGGGUGUCACUGCCCUGGGGAAAAGGAUGUAUACCAAAGGCACGACGCAGGACGCCAAACAUGAUAACGUAACCCUCGAGAACGCAACUUCCGGUCUGAAGCGGGCGACAAAAGUGGGAGUUCUCGUGGAUGUGGUGGCUCAGAAUGGCCUCGAGUGGGUUAAAGUCUCCACAAUCCCCGAGAGGCGUCUUCUGUUCGAGAUGGCCAAAGAAGGCUGGGAAACCUAUGCCGAUUCUGAUGACGAGGACAAGACGGACGAUAUCGAUAUUGACAGCGCCGAAAGAGCAGGUAAGCUUGAACUCGUUCGGGUGGCUGAGGAUCUCAAGUCCGCCUCACGGGACGUCAGAGUUCGGUUUCAGCAUCCGCGAAUCCGUCUUGUCUUGCCAAAUGUCCGCGAGAACGUCCUGCCUGACGUGGAUGCGUUCCUUGCAGACUUACGAGCAACUGGAGCGGUGGUCCAAUGUGGUACGGAUUUGCAGCUUCGCGGGGCAACGAAAGAGGAUUGUGACUUUGACCCGUUGUUGCCAGGGACAGUGGCUCCUUUCUUGACAGAUACCAUCAACAUUGAUUGUACCAUUCUUCUUGCUCUCAUAUCUGAUAUUUCGCACUUUUCUCGAGAGCAACUGCCUCCAGUUUCCGGCGGUAACAGUUACCACAAGGCGAUACUUCGACAAAUCCAUGCCGAACAAUCGUCUCCCCUCGUGCUCAGCGAGCUAUACCCGGUCCUCCGUGGGCGUGCCCUAGAAUGCACCUCGCAGGCUGCACAGCGAAUGCAAGAGAUUGUCCAAUGUAUGGGAACGCCCAGUGAACGGAUCCGCGCCGACGUUAUCCUGGCGGCCGGCCUCUACAAAGGCCAGGACGCGCCAAAGCUCAGGGUGGCUUGGGGUGAACACACAACCCAUGCUGUACCUGCAGAGAUUCGGUUUCCCGUCAAAGUCGUGGACUUUGACACGGCAGAGUUUCUAUCUUCUUCUGGCCGACCGCCAUCUUAUUCGGAGGACUGUGCACUGUUUCCUGCUUCGGUGGCCAAUCGAGCGACUCAAAUGAUGGAGCUCUCUCCGAUAAAUACCUCCGUGUUUCUGUAUGGCUGGAGCAGGCACAUUGUCACAUUCACCAGCAACCGUGUUGUGGCGACGGGCCUUUUGCGGACGAUUAAUGAGAUACUGGACCAGGAUGAACAUAAGGAGCAUGGAGGAGACGAUGCUAGCACCACCUUCGUGGGCCCGCAGAUGUAUAUCUGCGAAACAGCCAGGAGUUUGAUUGGAAAGACCAAAAGCACCGGAGAACAAUAG